AUGUCUAAUAUUGCUUAUUUCACAUUAAAACAAUUUAUAAAAAGAGCAAUAUCAGAUGAUUUAGAAGAUUCACCAGAUUUAUCACAACCAGAUGAUGAUAAUUUAGAAGAAUCAAAUCCUGUAGAAAAUGAAAUUUUUAGUUCUUGGGCUUUAUUUAUAUUAUUAUUUUUAUUAAUGUCAGCAUUAUGGUCAUCAUAUUUUUUACAACAAAGAAGAAUAAAAGCUAUUCAUGAAACUGUUUUAUCAAUAUUUUGUGGUAUGAUUGUUGGAUUAAUUAUAAGAUUAAGUCCUGGACAUUAUAUACAAGAUGCUGUUAAAUUUAAUAGUGAAUAUUUUUUUAAUAUUUUAUUACCACCAAUUAUAUUAAAUUCUGGUUAUGAAUUACAUCAAGCUAAUUUUUUUAGAAAUAUUGGUAGUAUUUUAACAUUUGCAAUUCCAGGAACUUUUAUAUCUGCUUUAGUUGUUGGUAUAAUAAUAUAUAUAUGGACAGCUAUAGGAUUAGAUAAUGUUAAAUUAGAAUUUGUUGAUGCUUUAGCCGUGGGGGCAACAUUAUCAGCUACAGAUCCAGUUACAAUUUUAUCAAUUUUUAAUGCUUAUAAAGUUGAUCCAAAAUUAUAUACUAUUAUAUUUGGAGAAUCUUUGCUUAAUGAUGCUAUAUCUAUUGUUAUGUUUGAAACUUGUCAAAAAUUUCAUGGUCAACCAGUUAAAUUUUCUUCAUUUUUUGAAGGUAUUGGAUUAUUUUUAAUGACUUUUACAAUUUCAACUAUAAUUGGAAUGUUAAUUGGAGUAAUGGUUGCAUUAAUUUUAAAACAUUCUCAUAUUAGAAGAUAUCCACAAAUUGAAACUUGUCUUGUUUUAUUAUUUGCUUAUCAAUCUUAUUUUUUUUCAAAUGGUGCUCAUAUGUCAGGUAUAGUUUCAUUAUUAUUUUGUGGUAUAACAUUAAAACAUUAUGCUUAUUAUAAUAUGUCAAGAAGAACUCAAAUUGCAACAAAAUAUAUUUUACAAUUAUUGGCUCAAUUAUCUGAAAAUUUUAUUUUUAUUUAUUUAGGUUUAUCAUUAUUUACAGAAGUUGAAUUAGUUUUUAAACCUUUAUUAAUUAUUGUUGCAUUUAUAUCAAUAUGUAUUGCAAGAUGGUCAUCAGUUUUCCCAUUAUCAAGAUUUUUAAAUUGGCUUUAUAAAGCAAGAAUUGAAAAAUAUUCUGGUUUAAAUUCUAAUAGUGGUAGUGGUGGUGGAAUUUCUUCAUCAAGUUUACCUGAUGAAAUAAGUCAUUCUUAUCAAAUGAUGAUUUUUUGGGCUGGAUUAAGAGGUGCAGUUGGUGUUGCAUUAGCUAUGGGUUUUAAAGGUGAAGCUAAAUGGACUUUAUUAGCAACUGUUUUAGUUGUUGUUGUUUUAACAGUUAUAUUAUUUGGUGGUACAACUGCAUCAAUGUUAGAAAUUUUAGGUAUUAAAAUAGGAUGUAUUGAUGAUUCUGCAGAUUCUGAUGAUGAAUUUGAUAUUGAAGCUCCAAGAUUACCAAUUCAUUCUGCUACAAUGUCACCACAAAAUAUUUUAGGUAAUAGAAGAUUUAUGAAAAAUUCUUCAAUAAAUCCAUUUGAAGAUAAUAUAGCAAGUAGUAGAAAUUCUUCAGCAAAUAAUUUAUUAGAUUCUGAAUCAAAUCCAAAUAUUAUUUUAGGAGAUGAUGAAGCAGAUUAUAUUGGAUCAGAUGUUGAUGAUUUAAUAUCAGAAACUCAACAAAAUAUAAAAAAUAAUAAUAAUAACCAAAAUAAUAAUAAUAUACUAAAUGGAGAUAAAGGAAUGUUGGGAGCAAUAUUAAGUGCAGAAGAACAUGCAAAAUGGUUUACAAGAUUUGAUGAAGAAGUUUUGAAACCUGUUUUAUUAGAUACUUUACCAAGUAGUCAAUCAAGUACAAAUAAUAAUAGUAAUAUUAAUCUAAGUAAUAAUAAUAAUAGAAGGGACUAA